GGCAGGUUCUCAAUCGUAACCCCACUCAGGGUCCACUACGAUUCUAUAUCUCGGCUGCAAGAAGAACCAACACAGUCCCAUUUUUCCCUACUGCAUCUUCUUCCCACAGCGAAACCUUGUGCUGACCUCUGCUCCGCAACUUCCAAAGCCGUCUAAAAGAUGGUUCUCUGUGGCGUCACUCUUUCUCUGAAACCUCCUCCCCUUUGUACUCGCUCGAGCUCUAAUCGAGGACCCACUUUGCAUUUCGGCCUGCAAGCUCCAAGUCUUGAAACCCCAGUUCAAAUGAAGGGGCCUCUUGCCUGUUCAUUCCGCCAUAAUCAUCGAUUGGAGUUUGAGGAUUUGGGUCGACUUCAAAUGCAAUGUGGGUCGCUGAGAUUUACGAAUUUACGAAUUUCAGCGAGCUCUGGUGAUGGCUCUGGUUCUGGCUCUGGCUCUGGAGGCGGUGAUGGUGGAUAUGGAGGUGAAAAUUAUGGAGGGGGAGAAGGGGAUGGCGGCAAAGGCGGGAAAGAUUGGUCCUUCUUGUCAUGGUAUUUGGCUCUUCUUGCAAAGUACCCUGUUUUGGUGAAAUCUGUAACAUCUGGAAUACUAAAUGGUUUGGGAGACUUAAUUUGCCAGCUUGUGUUUGAAAAGUCACCAUCGGCAGAUCUGAAAAGAACGUUCAGAUUUUCUCUGUUGGGGCUUGCGUUAGUUGGUCCUGCAUUGCAUUACUGGUACUUGUAUCUAAGUAAAUUGGUGACCAUGCCAGGAGCUUCAGGUGCAUUCUUGCGCCUCCUUCUUGAUCAGUUCAUUUUUACUCCGGUAUUCCUUGGAGCCUUCCUAACCGGAUUAGUAACACUCGAAGGGCGGCCAUCACAUGUUAUUCCUAAGCUUCAACAGGAGUGGUUUUCUUCUGUUGUGGCUAACUGGAAACUAUGGAUACCUUUCCAGUUUUUCAACUUUAGAUUUGUUCCGCAGCAGUUCCAGGUCCUUGCAGCUAAUGUCCUUGCCUUGGCAUGGAAUGUCAUCCUCUCCUUUAAAGCUCACAGGGAGAUCAUUACAAGAUAGGUACCGUAGACAUCUCGUAGGACCGUUUAGCGACAACUGCUGUUCGCGGGGGCUUGGGUUGAUGGCUCCUCUAUCAUUAGGUCACCAACUUGAUCUUCCGACUAGACCAUACAAGUGCAUGGCGAGCCCAUGCAAAGGGUUUAUGGGUUUAGUUCAAUAAGCAUUUUUGGUCAUUUUAUAUUAAUAAUUGAUCAUCUCUUGCAUUAUAUGUUAUUUAGAAAUAGCUGAAAUAACAUUUUGAAGAAAUAUUAGUUCCUUAAUCUCAGUAACUUGAGAAAUGCUAUGUUUUUUUUUUUUUUGGAACAGGAAAGAGAGAAUGCAGUUUUUGUGUAUGAGAUUAAGGUUGAAAGUUAGUUAUGAUUUUGUAGACUUUUUUGCUGAAAGAGUGACCUUUUUAAUGUUGAUCUUUUAUUUUCUCUA